UUAUGCUCCCUAAUUGCACUUGACUAACUUUUUCAAUAUGGCAACACGUGAUUGUCCAGAACACUCCCUCCACCUCCCUCUCUUGCCUCCCCGAGUGACGGCAGGUGGGGGCGCGGGCGGCAGGGACGUGAUGAGAUAGGUAGUGGCAGGAUGGGUAGUGGCAGAUGUACAGAAUAAUGCGUGGUGUUGACAAAGAAUGGGAUGAGGAGUGAGUGAGGGUGGUGAACGCUCUUAUAACUCGAGGAUUAAACAAACAUACCAUCAAACAAACAAGAAAUGCAACCAAGCCUCGGGUCUCCUUUAUCAGCGAACAGUUGCUGUAAUUCACGAGGCAACACAACAAGGGAGCAUUUCACAAGCACUCAGGAGUAACGUGUCACAUGCAGCCUCUUACCUGCUAACCUGCCUACUUACUAAUUUUCUACUGGUAUUCUUUCUUUUUCUUUGUUACUAUCCUUCCUUCACUUUUAUGUUCCCUCUCACGCCGCCUCCUGCUCCCUGAUCAGCCUCGUGUGGGUGCCACUCAUACCCCUUCCUGUCUGUCCUCGCCGCCUUUACUCUGCUCUCCUCCAUUAUAAUAUUGUUUUCCUCUUCCUCUCCCACAGCUUCCUCUCUGGCCAUGUUCUUUUACCUUCCUUAUUUACUUCAUCCCUGUCAUCUCAUAUUCCUUCUUUUCCUGUCUUCUUUCUUCCUUCGCGGUUCAGUUUUACGCUACACACAUUUCUUGCCUCCCUGCUCGCUACAAACCUGCUGACACUUUCACUCUUGUCACACCACGGCGGCCUUUCCUUCCUGCUUUCCUGCGUCACUCUUUGUGUUCUCUGUUAUUUCUACUUUUCCCACUCCCGUCUCUCCUUUCCUCCUUUCCUUCCCUCGCCGCGGCCUCCACCGACGUCCCCACUCAGCCCGCCUCUCACACUUGUGCAUGUCGCCUUCGCUCAUGACCGCCACUCCCUCACUCACUCACUGUCUUCCUCACCUCACGCUAGUCCCUCUCUUCCUUCUCCUCCUCCUCCUCAUCUUCUUCUUCCUUCCCUACUACUCACACCCGCCUGCUGCACACACCUGGCAUCACGGUGACUAAGAGCACGUGUGGCUGCAGCGAUCCGUGAGGAAAGCGACACCACAGGACUCAAAGGUCAAUCCUUUCCCCUCCUUUGUGACCACCAAGCAAACAUAUUCCGGAUUUACAUCACAGCGCGACAAAAGACAUCACAAGGUUCAUGAAUGUGCUCACAUCUGCUGCACGAUAAACUCUUCCCAUCACCAGGCAGCGCCACGCGAGCCUCGGGGAGUGUGCGGCGAAAAACAAGUGGCUGAGUGAGGGCAAGUGGCAACACGGGGGUAGCUGAGCGCAUCGCGUGUCGUCUCAGUCACGAUCACACAUCUAUCACACACUGGACGUGCGUGGGAUGUUGUGGCAGAGGCAGCAGCAGAGAGGCAGGCAGCUUGAAGGAGAGGCAGCAAGACAGGCAGGCAACCUGAAAGAAGGCCAGCAAGACAGGCAGGCAUCCUGAAGGAAGGCCAGCAAGACAGAGGCAUGCAGCCUGAAGGAAGAGCAGCAAUAAAGAGGCGGGCAACCUGAAAGAAGGGCAGCAACAGAGGCAACAAUCCUCAGACAUGGACGACAACGUGGAGGACUGUCCAGUGUGCCUCACCACCUUCGACGACACCCUCAGGCGGCCACGCAACCUGCCCUGCGGUCAUACGCUGUGCUCGCCGUGCAUUGACGGACUGAAGCAGCAGGGUGCCGUCACGUGCCCCACCUGCCGGGCGAGUCACGCCGUGCCCGAGGCGGGCCAGUUCCCCAUCUCCUAUACUGUUGAGGGGCUGGUGAGGAGGCUGAAAGGUGCAGGACUGGCCUCUCUACCAGCCAAGCCAGGGAAGCAGGCAGCCCCACCAGUGACACGGCCUGCACUAAAGGCGACAACGGGACUCAGUAGGACGACACAGUCCCUGCUGCAGGAGCAAGAGGCGAAGAUCCUGGCUGCCAUCCGCUCCUGCCAGGAGGAGCAGAGCCAGCUGGCCGAGUACCUGACGACCCUCAGUUGCUGCAGCAGUCGCCAGCAGCGGCUACAUGACGAGCUGCAGAUGCUGGUGGACCAGAGCAAGAGUGCCAGGGAGGCAGUGCGCCGCGAGGAGUCCCGGGUGGAGGGCAGGCAGGAGGAGGUGCGACAGAAGGAGCAGCAGCUGCACACUGCGCUGCAGGCGCUGCGCACGGCCGCAACACGGCAGGAAGCUUACGAGGUCAUUGAGGACACAGACCAUCUGGUGGAGGACAGUCAGACAGGAGAGUGCCUGGGAAUGUUUCCUGACGUCCACGCCAUUACCACCGUCACCAGGGUGGCAGAGGCAUCGCGUGCAGCCCUGCAGGCUGCCACCACUGCUACCGCUGCCACACAGGCAGCCCUGGAGGCAGCGGGCACUGCUGCUGCAGCUUCGGGGGACUACAGCCACCCAGCAGCUUGGGCCGAGACCUCCUCCAUCGUAGACAGGCUGGAGGCACUGCUGGCGCCGCUGCUGACGGCCGAGGACCUGCCACCUCAUACCCUGCAGGCUGAGGACCUGCCACCUCAUACCCUGCAGGCCGAGGACCUGCCACCUCAUACCUUGCAGGCUGAGGACCUCCACAGCCUAACACAGCGUGCCAGGGGCCUGGUGGAGGCUGGCCUUGUCUUUGCCGUCCACGACGUGGAGAGACAGACUCGGCACGCAAGGACCACCCUUGAAGACGGCAGCCUGCACCUCCACUCCCUGCAGGCCCAGGCCCCGCCCCCCCUACGCCGUCAUCCUGCAGAUGGGGGAGGUGGUGCCGGCCACCCCCCCUUGCGAGGUGUUCCUGGACCUGGCGUGGCCCGGCAGCGCGGCGCGGCGGGUGGUGGUGAGUCUGCCCCGGGCCUCCAGGGGCCGUCAGUUCGUGCGGCUGUGCUCAGGCCAGCGGGGCGCCUGCUACGACAACACCAGGCUGUUUAAGGUGGUGUGUGAGGGACAGCCGGGGGAGUGUGUGCUGGGAGGAGAUUAACAGACAGGUGGUGGGAGGGGAGGAGCCGCCCUGCUGCCUUGCCUUGGCCAGGCUGAGUACUGGCAGUCAGGCAAGGCGGGGACUGUGUGGUGGUGGUGGUGGUGGUGGUGGUGGGAUGACUCUGCCUUUAGUGCUCAGUUCAGCAUCAUCACCCGGGAUGUACAUAAUGGUUGUGUUCGGCCUGGUGUCUUUGGCCAGGUGGUGCGAGGACUGGAGGUGGCGCAGGGGGCAGCUCAGCACCAUCCCAUUACUGAGGUGACUGUGGUGCAGUGUGGCGUGGUGCUAUCACAGUAGUGCUGCACCACACCACUGCUAGUAUUAUUAUUAUUAUUUUUUUUUUAAAGAGGAAAAAAGCAAACGUACACACAUGCACACACACAGACAUACAUAUAGACAGACAGACAGACAGACAGACAGACAGACAGACACACAUACAAAGUUUAGAGUGCCUGUUGUGGUGAUGGCAGUGUGUGCUGUGAGGGUGGCGGUUGUUGGUGUAAAUACUGGCGGCAGGACACACCACUUCACACAUUGGUCCUUCACUAACAACACAAAGUUUUCAUCAGCAAACACUUCUGUUACCACAUUACUUCUGGUCACAUUACUGGUCCACACUGUCUCAUUUUGAUUCUUCUCAAUAACAUUAUUGUACAAACACAAA